CCAACGAAACCUCCUGCUCCUUCUCCUUCGCAACCAACGAAACCUCCUACUCCUUCGCAACCAACAUCAACGGCAUUAACGAUUAUUUCGCCUCCAAUAAACGUUCCUGUAAAUGUUACUGAGACUAAAGAAACUAAAGAAAUCUCUCAACCAUCUAAUAGCGCAGACGCUAACGAUGGAACUACUGCUGCAGCUACAUCACCAACUUCAAAACAAGUUGCUAUGUCUGUUCCUCCUACAACUGCAGUUACACCGAAUGUGCCGAAGGAGAAGCCACCAGUUAAAUUACAAAGAAAUCGUGUUCCACUAACUAUGCCUCAAUCACCGAAGAUAACUCCCGUUCAAACCGUAGUAUCAACGCCACCACCAUUAGAGGAGCAGCCAACUGUGCGCACAUCUGCCAUUUCUGAGUCUCAGUCUGAUGAAACAAGCGUAGUUGAACCUUCCGAAACAGAAAUAGCUAUGCAGCCAACUUCAACGGAGGCUGCUAGUAUUCCUACUGAAACAACUGGACGUAAGCGUUCUAGAGAAGAUAGUUUUGAAGAGACUACUUCAACUGGUAAUGAGACAACUGAAAUGCAAGAUGUUCAGAUAUCUGACAAUACAAAUCCUAAUGUUGAAGUCGCGCCACAAUCUCCUGCUAGCAAAAACGAAGAAACGACGGUUAUAGCAGAAUCAGUAGCUAAUAAUCAAAUCGAUACUAAUGAAUCAGAACAGCCAUCUUCUAAAAGAGUUAAGGUGGAAGAUAGUAAUUCAGAUAUUUGA